UGUCUCUGGAAAGAUGGCGGUUAGCAUCCGAGUUCGUCCUAUCCGGAGUAUACGGAUGCGAGGGCGGAAUGACAGCGGGGAGGAGAAUGUACCGCUGGAUCUCAGUAGAGACCCUAAAGAUAAUCUGCGAGAGAUCCUCCAAAAUGUGGCCAAACAGCAGGGUGUUUCCAAUAUGCGCAAACUGGGUCACCUGAACAACUUCAUCAAGCUACUUUGCAAUAUCGGCCAUUCAGAAGAGAAGUUUGGCUUUACCUAUGAUGAAAUCAUUAUCUGCCUCCGAUUGGCUUUACUUAACGAAGCCAAGGAAGUUCGGGCUGCAGGUCUCCGAGCUUUCCGCUACCUGAUCAAAGACGCCGCUAUUCUUCAGAAGGUUCUCCGCUUCCAGGUGGAUUACCUGAUUUCCAGGUGCAUAGACAUUCAACAGAGUAAUGAGGUGGAGAGAACCCAGGCACUCCGACUGGUGAGAAAGAUGAUCACUGUGAACGCUCAGCUUUUUCCGAGCUCCAUCACCAACUCCCUCAUCGCCGUAGGCAACGAUGGCCUGCAGGAACGCGACCGCAUGGUGCGCGCCUGCAUCGCCAUUAUAUGUGAACUCGCACUGAAGAAUCCAGAGAUUGUGGCUCGGAGGGGCGGCCUCAAAACCAUCCUGAAGAAUGUGAUCGACUGCCAGCUCAGCCGCAUCAACGAAGCUCUGAUGACCACCAUUCUUCACCUGCUCAAUCACCCCCACACACGCCAGUAUGUGCGCUCUGAUGUUGAGCUGGAGCAAAUCUUGGCACCUUAUACAGACUUCCACUACAGACACAACCCAGACACUGCAGAGGGACAGCUCAAGGAGGACAGAGAGGCUCGAUUUCUGGCCAGUAAGAUGUCAAUUGUUGCUUCCUUUCGCUCAUGGUCUGGCAUCAUUAACCUCUGCAAGUCAGGCAGUUCUGGCAUCCAGUCCCUUACUGGCCUACUCUGUAUACCAAAUAUGGAAGUGAGGAGAGGCCUGCUGGAGGUGCUGUAUGACAUAUUUCGUCUCCCCGUGCCCGUAGUUACACAAGACUUCAUUGAAGCUCUUCUUAGUGUUGAUCCUAGCAGAUUUCAGGACAGUUGGAGGCUGUCAGAUGGCUUCGUGGCCUCAGAAGCAAAAAUUAUCCUCCCUCAUCGGGCGCGGUCAAGGCCUGACCUGAUGGAUAACUACCUUGCACUUGUACUUUCUGCCUUCAUCAAUAGUGGACUUCUAGAGGGGUUGGUGGAAGUAGUCACUAGCAGUGAUGACAACAUUUCAGUCCGAGCUACCAUCCUCCUAGGAGAACUCUUGCACAUGGCCAACACCAUCCUCCCUCACUCCCAUAGCCACCACCUGCACUGCCUUCCCACGCUCAUGAACAUGGCGGCCUCCUUCGAUAUCCCUCAGGAGAAGCGGCUACGUGCCAGUGCUGCAGUAAACUACCUGAAGCGCUUCCAUGAGAAGAAGAAGAGAGGCCCCAAGCCCAACAGCCUUUACCUGGACCACAUCGUCCGCAAGUCAGCUCCUGCCCACUACUGCCGAGAGCAGCAACUGAGACCCCAGAAAGACAUUUAUGUGAUUAAGGAUACUGAGGAUGCACUGUUGAUGAACCUCAGAGACAGCCAUAUUCUCAAUCACAAGCAAAACCUGGACUGGAACUGGAUCCUUAUCGGUACAAUACUAAAGUGGCCAAAUGUUAACUUGCGCAGCAACAAAGAUGAACAGAUGCACAAGUUUGUUCGGAGGCUCCUGUUCUUCUAUAAACCCAGCAGUAAGCUGUAUGCCAGCCUGGAGCUGGACCACAGCAAGGCCAAACAGCUGACGGUGGUCGGCUGCCAGUUCAUUGAGUUCCUGCUGGAGUCAGAUGAGGAUGGACAGGCGUACCUGGAGGACCUGGUGAAGGACAUUGUUCAGUGGCUGUCCUCCUCAUCUGGACUCAAACCGGAUCGCAGCUUACAGAGCAACGGUCUCCUCAACACCCUCAGCCAGCACUACUUCCUCUUCCUGGGUACUCUGUCUGCCCACCCUAAUGGUGUUAAAUUAUUGGAGAAAUGCAGUGUCUUCCAGUGCCUGCUGAACCUCUGCUCCCUGAAGAAUCAGGACCAUCUUUUAAAGCUGACUGUAUCCACACUGGACUAUAGUCGAGACGGCUUAGCGCGAGUUAUCCUCUCCAAGAUCCUCACUGCUGCAACUGAUAACUGCAGGCUCUAUGCCACUAAGCACCUGCGAGUGCUGCUUCGUGCCAACGUGGAGUUCUUCAGUAACUGGGGCAUCGAGCUGCUGGUCACUCAGCUCCACGACCGAAACAAGGCCAUCUCUAUGGAGGCCCUGGAUAUACUGGAUGAAGCCUGUGAAGACAAGGCGAAUCUUCAUGCACUUAUUCAGCUGAAACCAGCACUGACUCACCUGGGGGACAAGGGUGUGCUCUUACUUUUACGGUUCUUGUCUAUUCCAAAGGGUUUCUCCUACCUCAAUGAGAGGGGCUACGUCUCCAAGCAGCUGGAGAAAUGGCAGAAGGAAUAUAACCUCAAAUACGUGGACCUAAUAGAGGAGCAGUUGAAUGAAGCACUCACUACUUACCGCAAACCUGUCGAUGGAGACAACUAUGUGCGCCGGAGCAACCAAAGGUUGCAAAGGCCAAACGUUUAUCUUCCUGUGCAUCUGUAUGGCCAGCUGGUGCAUGAUAAGACUGGUUGCAAUCUCCUAGAGGCUCAGAAUGUCGUACCAGACCUAAGUUACACGGUGCGCUCCCCGGUGCUGGACACGUGGGAGGGCAUCAAACAACUUAAAGCUGCUUUGUGGGCCUUGGGUAAUAUUGGCACAUCAAACUGGGGUCUGAACCUGCUGCAGGAGGAAAAUGUGAUUCCAGACAUUGUGACUUUGGCCCACCACUGUGAGGUUCUCUCCAUCCGGGGGACCUGUUUGUAUGUGCUGGGUCUCAUUUCUAAGACGAAGCAGGGCUGUGAGCUGCUGAAGCUGCAGGGCUGGGAUGCAGUGAGGCACAGCCGCAGGCAGCAGUGGCCCGUGGUUCCUGAUGAAGUAGAGCAGCAGCAGCAGCAGCUGCCGGCCCCCACCCUGCUCUCCUCCGUCCCCAGCACCCUCAGCCUCAACUCCGAGUCCACCAGCUCCAGACACAACAGCGAGAGCGACUCCACCCAGCCCAGCAUGUACAUAAUGGAUGAUGAUAAGUUAGACGGUUCAGAGCUGUCUGAGGACCAGCCUCUGUACUUCAGGUCUAAGCUGUUGAAAGACCGCAGCCCCUUCACCAUCCUGGCCUCCAGCCGCUUCGUUCGGAACCGCUUCCUCAUCUCCCUCUCCAGCAAGAAGCUGCGCAGCACCAGCGACCCCAAAGGCAGCGGCGGGGGCAGCGGCAGCAGCAGCAAGCACAACAGCGACCUAAAGCUAGGAGGCCUUCGGAGGAACCGCACAGUCACCGAACCCUCCGUCUACUCCCCGGGGCAGGGGGACGUGUUCAGCCCUGUCUUUGCUGAUGGACAUCUGCCCAAAAGCCCCUCGGUGAGCUUAGAGACCUCUUUUGUGGGCAGCAAGACUGCAGAGCACCAGGGGAGCACGCCCAGCAUCACCGAGGGGGAGGUGCGCGUGCCCCGGGCGUCGGACCGGAGCUCGGGAAGCGCAGACGGCCAGCGAGAACAGACCAGCCGGGAGAGGCUGGCCGGAGAUGGGUCCUCCACCGGAGGUGGGGGGCAGUUUAAAAGCCGCAGCCAGAGCUUUAACACGGACACCACCACCAGCGGCAUCAGCUCCAUGAGCUCCAGCCCCUCCCGAGAGACGGUGGGUGUCGUGGACGCUUCCACCAUAGACACGGACUGCGUCAGCCUCAACACGGUCAUCAGCGCCCAAACCAUCAAAACGCUCCACUCCCUCACUCCCCAGUCCAACCACCUGCCCCUGUCCAAGUCCAACUCUGUCCUCCUGGUUCCCCCAGGCUCCUCCCACACGCUGCCCCGCAGGGCGCAGUCGCUCAAAUCCCCCUCUGUCACCACCAUCACCAGCCUGACAGACUGCAGCUUCAUGUACGCCAGUCCCAGAGACGCCCUGGGCUACGCCACGCUCAAACGUCUUCAGCAGCAGCGCAUCCACCCCUCCCUCUCCCACAGCGAGGCGCUGGCCUCCCCCGCCAAGGACGUGCUCUUCACCGACGCCAUCACCAUGAAAACAGGCAGUCUAGACUCCAGGCUCACGUCCAGAAGGUUUCUGAAGGCUCUAAGUUUUGCGUCUCUGGAUAAGGAGGAUCUGUUGAGCCCCAUCAGUCAGACGUCUCUGCAGCGCUCGUCCUCAGUGCGCUCCAUGGUGUCCAGCGCCACCAUCGGCAGUUCAGAUGAUUACAUCGGCCUCGCCCUGCCUGUGGACAUCAACAACAUGUUUCAGAUAAAAGAGACUCCAUAUUUCCAAAAGAGGACGAGUCCACCAUCAGAGGACCGAUCAGCCAAGUUCUUCUCUGGAGACUCUGAUGGUCCGAGUGAGGGCUCACGGCAUGGCGUGCUGAAGUCUCAGCUGAGCAUCACGGAGCUGAUGGCGGCGAGCCGGGCGGAUCAGCAGCAGCUGCUGGGCUCGGAGGAGACCGGCCUGCAGGAGCACACUGAGGAGAACUGCCUGUACUGUGUGGGCUGCAGAGUGCUGGGCUGUAACACCAAUACCCCAACACAGGGUCGACCAGACUUUGCCGAUGCUCCGUACUCAGAGUGGUGCAGUCAGCCCAUGCACAACCAUCUGGAGGUGAUGCCCCAGUCCAAGUUUUCCGGGGUGUCUGGCUGUAGUGAUGCUGUGUCGCAGGGUUCUGUUGGGAGCACUCGCAGCACGGAGCUGGUUCUAGGGGUUAAAACCAUUCCAGAAGAUGCUCCAGCUUGCAGAGUCCUGCUGAGGAAAGAGGUUCUCCGUCUGGUUGUGAACCUCAGCUCAUCAGUAGGAACUAAAGGGCAUGAAACUGGCCUGCUCACGAUUAAGGAGAAGUUUCCUUAUGCGUUUGAUGACAUCUGCCUGUACUCUGAAGUUUCCCACCUGCUUUCCCACUGCAUGUUCAGACUGGCUUCUCGGCGCUUUAUCCAGGAACUGUUCCAGGAUGUUCAAUUCAGUCCGCUCUACGAAGAGGCUGAAAGCAUCUUGUCAAUGCCGCCAAAGUCUACCACUGUAGAUCCUCCACCAGAAUCCUGAUCUUCUAUAUAUAUAUAUAUAUAUAUAUAUAUAUAUAUAUAUAUAUAUAUAUACACACACACGUCUGCAGCCUCAGCUUUGAUGUUCUCCACCUCUUCCACUCCCCCAAAAAACCCUCUGUUCAUUCAAUUUCUGGCCUUGCAAAGAAUUGAGGAAGAUGGAGGCAAUAAGAGGUAAUGUGAGGAUGUGGAACUACAUACAUAGACAAAUGAUGGGAGGCUGCUGCUGCUGCUGAAUGUUAAAGAUGCGAAAAGAAGAAAGAAUCGGUACGGCAUGUUAAGAAAACGGGAUCAACAAACUUUCUGCCUGAACAAAAAAAGCCUGAAACCAAGACAGAAGUCUCUUUCAUAUCCUGUCGCGGAAGUAUAACCAAAACAUAGCGAUUGACUGACCUUUAUGAACAUUUAAAGCACUGUCUGUCCAAUACAGUGUGACAAAAACUAAAAGAUCUAUAAGAAGAGAAGAUCUACAAAGGAGGAAAAUCGCUAAAAAAAAAAAAACACAAAACAAAACAAAGCAUUGCAUCUUAAAAGAAAA